AUGCCUGUUGAAAGGGGUGCAGGAGUAGGACCCGUCUCAAAGCAUCGGAUAAUGACACGGAUACGUCGGGAUACGGUCGGAUUGAGAAGAACUGCGAACGUUGAAUUGUACGCCACAGCGCUACCAUCCGGUACGGUAGAUUCGAUGGAAACUUCCAUCAUGAGCACAUCCGAUGAGGCACUAUCGACGGCCACCGGGGAGAUGGUGGUCGUGGAAGAUGUUUCGGUAACGAUUGAACAGCACCGCCGAUCGGUAUCGACGGUGCCACUGAUGAACGGUGGCAUUACCGUUACACUCGCGGCUAACGGCACAGUCACCGUGGACGAUGAGGAGGAGGACGAUGGUGUGGAUGGUGGCGAUAAUAAUAAGUACGAUGUAGCUGAUAAGGGUGGGAACGAUUUGCCUGCUAUUGAUUUUGCCAGCGCAACGAACCACAACAAUAUGGAAACGCAGACGGCGACGACGACGGCAACGCCAUCGGUCAUCAGCGCUGUCGACGAUGAUAAGAUGCGGUGCUACGCGUCGAACCCGGACGACGAUAACGAGACGGACGCGACGAUGAUGAUUGUGGAUUCUGUGGGCGCUACCGAAACGGCACACUGUAGCAGCGGCAGUAACAGCAAUAGUAGCAGCAGCAGUAGCAGCAGCACGAGCAGCUCCAGCAGCAGCAGCACAUCCGGGAGCAGCUUAUCCCACCACCACGACCACCAUCCGGAACCGGAAGAAGUCGAGGAGGCAGACGAGGAAGAUGGAGAAGACGAUGAAGAAGAAGAGGAAGAGGAAGAUGAAGAUGAAGCUCAACGGGAGGAAGAGCUUCACGAACCGGCCGAUCAUGUGGCAUCGUCCGUCGUGGAUGAGACAACCAGCGAGGACAAACAGCUGCACAUGAUGCAGACGGACGAUGAUCCGCUACUGCAGGAAACACUGAACGCAAUCAUGAAUGGGGCGGAAGGUAUCGAGGUGGUAAACACGUCCGGGGAGCACGAUCACGAUGUCAACGCGGUCAAAUCGGAUCCCAGCAUAGCGCGCGUAAUUGCGACCGAGCUAAACGGAACACGCCCGCUGAACGAUGAGAUCGACACGGAUCGAAACUACGAAUGUACGUACUGUGGGAAACUGUUUACCCGCUCAAACACGCUGGCGUACCAUCUGAAGGUACACACCGGGGAGCGCCCGUUCAAAUGCAAACAUUGCGCCAAAGCUUUUCGCGAGCAGUACAGGCUGAUGAAGCAUCUAAAGACCCACGCGAAGUAUCGCAACAGACGACUGGAACGAGAUCCGGCAGAACGGGUGAUGGUGACACCCGGACCGGGCGUUCGUGUCCAUCUGCAUCGGGGAGCAGCGGCUGCACUGUUAGCCAAUGGGCUCGUAGCGGCGGGAGAGGAAGACUACACUACCGGUGACAGUGAGCGAUUUUUCAAGAGUUACGAUCUUCCGGAUGGUUCCGUCGCGAUGAAACUCGAACCGGACAUUUCGCUGACGGAGGAUGCGGACGUUUCCGAGGUCGGUCCGGAAGCGAUGCUUACGACCGAGGAAGUGGAAACUGCUGAGGACCAUCAUCAACAGAUAGAGGAGGAGCACGUGGAGGAUCCAAACGAGGCCCAGGAAGAUGCUGGUGCUGGCGAAGGGAAUGAAAUUCGGUACCAAAUCAUUGAGGAAAGAAUUAAAUCGUUGCAGCGCGAGGUACAUCUGGUCAAUCAGAACCUGAACCGGGUCGAAUCCAAGGUGGAUGGAUUGACCCGAAUCAUUUCACUGUUUAUUGGGAAGUUUGAGGAUGAAGCUGAGCUGGCUAAUCAAGCUGCUCAGCUACAGCAACAGCAGCAACAGCAACAGGUACUUACAACCAUGUCGACCGAGAACGAGACGAUUGUUCCGGUGACAUCUCUAACCGUGGUGUCCCAGGCACAACAACACCCUUCUUCCACUUCCACAACUUCCCCAUCAAUUCAACCGAAAACAAUCUUCCUUACUUCAACAACUGCGCCACCACAAACUGCAGCAGCCACGGCUCAGGUUCAGGUUCAACCGGUGAGCGUCUACCAAACCGCUUCCUCUCCGAUUGCUCACCCGGCGCAUCCUCCAGCGCGGACCAAAGAGUCACGCACGGCCAGCACACAUCAUUACUAUCAAUUUGCCGAACCGUCAACAACGACGGUGGUACAAGUAAAACCGGAAGCUUCACCACCACCGUCGGCGAUGCAGGUUCGUUCACCGUCACCGACACCACCACCGCAACAAUCCGUACCCCAACAAACGCCAACACUGGCCGGUGGAAAUGGAAACGGCGGUGGAGCUGGUGGUGGAAAUCAGCUGCUCGAUACAUUCCCCGAGAUACCGGAGCUACCGAUAAGGACCGUGAGCGAAUUUCUCGACCUAAACGACCACUGUACGGAUAAUGAACAAUUCUUGCUGCAGAUGAUGAUUCGAUUACACCAGGAAAUACACAACUCGCAACCAUUCCAGCGGAACAUCAAGCGUAUGAUGGAAGCACUCGUCACCUACGAGGUUUUGUGCCAGUUCAGUUGGAGCGGUAAAUCGGCCAUUAAUGGACAGUACACCAAGUACGUGUUCGGGAACAGUUUGGGCAUUAUUGAUUUGCUGACGAAAACACUUAACCUCGGCAAAAGCGCACAGGAAGCGGAAGCGAACAAAAAACCCAUCUUUGCCGCCAUACAGAGCUUUAUUAAGCAUUCGAGACAGAAUAUGAUACGCGACAGCCGGAAGCGUCGGGAUCCGCGUGGCUUAGUGUUGACGGCAGGUGGCGAAGUGUUGGCAGGGAUGGUGGUGCCCGAUACCACCUCCGCUACCCUCUCGUACCACAUGAACGGUGGCGAACGAUUACAGAUCAAGCAGAUAAAAUCGGAACGACAUCAUCAUCAUCAGCAAGCGGAGCUGGUUAAUCCGUUCUAG